CUCUACACACACUCUCUCUCUUUUUGCUAAAGCCAAUCUUUUGCCCUCCCCCCUUUUUUUUUGUAUCUUUCUAAUGUCAACCAUACAAGACACAGACAAAUAUAUAGAUUACGACACUUUUCUAGCUGAAGACUUUGACCCGAAUAAAUAUACCACUUCCAUCAUCACCGAAGCAGAAAUUUCAAGUGAUGCUAUCGAUGUUCAUACCGAGUUAUCCAAACUGGCUUUUAGCAUUGAUAUUGUCAACAAACAAAUUCAAGAGCAGGUGGUUGCCAACUAUGAAGCAUUAUUAAGCCAAGUGACAGGUAUCAAGGAAUUAGAGACUGUAUUAAACACUGUACAGUUAAACAUUCAUGGAUUAAACCAAUCCUUACAAGCUCUGGCACACAAAAUUCGAGAUCCAUACAACCAACUCGUCAUGUACGCCACUCAAUUAGAAAAUAUGCAAAUCACUUGUGAAUUAUUACGCAAACUCCAUCGAUUUAUCCUUCUUAAACGUCGUCUCGAAAUUCAAUUAUCCCAAAGUCAUGAUCGCGAUAUAUCCACCGCUGCACUCACCCUUUACGAACUCGAAUCCAUCCUAUCCGAAUCAGAUUUUGAAGGCAUCGAUAUCGUCACUUGCGAAUUAACCUUUAUACAACGCUCAAGGGAUCAUGUACAGGAAGAAGCCCUCGUCCUUUUGCUUGAAGGAAUCGAGUCUCAGAACCAGGCCAAGAUGGCCGCUGGUUUACAAGUUUUUUACAAUCUCAAACAAAUGGGCAGUCGCGUGGCAGAGAUCACCCAACAACGCUUAAACAACUUGAUCGAUGAAAUCAAACGCGUCGUGGAUAUGCAGUCACUCCAAAAGGAACUAGCCAACACGGCCUCGUCCAAUGUUCGAAGACUGAAUGAGCCUCCCAUCGGAAACAACCAAAAACAAUGGGCUGCUGCUAUUUGGACCCGUAUGGAAUCCUUAAUGAAGAACAUGAGUGAUCACUGUAUCAAGGUCUAUAGUCUAGAAAAAGUACUCGAGCUCAAAAAAGAUCCCUUGACCCAUGUAUCCUUUCUUGAAGAAGUAGCCAAGUCAUUGGAUGCGACGAGUCUUGUAAGUUAUUUCUGGAGAGUCCUUUCAGCCAACUUUGAAAAGGAGCUAAAGGACGCGACUAAAAUCUCGACUUUUCUUCAAUCCACAUUGGUAGGAGAUUACCCUAAAUUACUUAAACUUUUGCAUGAUUUCUUUGCUCGUGUCGCUAUGCAUAAUGGUACCUCAUUGUCCGACUAUUCUCAAACUCCCGAAUACGUCAUUAUGCUUCGAAGCUUUCAAACCUUUCAAUCCAGCUUUCUUUCUAAAUCUUUACAACGUAUGUACGACGCUGUCAAUUCCACUUUUCCAACUUAUGGUGGUCUUGCAAGAACACCACCCGGUAGAAACAAUGUUUCCAAUAUCACACGUAUCAUUGGCCAUGAAUUGGAAACAGCCUCCUUUGAACCCAAUUUAUCUCUGGCCGUCGCAAAGAACACGGUGAAAACAUUAAGCAUGUUUUGUGUCAAGUGUGAAAAUUUGCUUCCUACAAAUGAACAGCCCGUGUACUCGAAUACAUCAAGUACUGUCAAUUAUCUUAAUAUGAAUAUCGAAAUUGCCAAUAUCUUGUAUUAUAUGCAUCAAUCCAUUUGGAAAAUCUUGGAAGAAUAUCCUGAAAAAACCGUCGACAUUGUCAAAAAAGGCGUGGAUGACUGUCAUGCUCUCAUGAUGCGCAUUGGUCAACACCUGGUAGAGUCCAUCGAAAAGGACGUCACCUCUGUCCUCCUCAAAAUUCACUCGGAAGACUUUUCGGGUAAAAUCAGACGUAAUUUCGACCCUGAAGACGAUUCUAGCAGUUACAUGAAAGAAUUGGCUAAACAUGUACGUUAUUAUCAUACAACCAUCCUUCAGAAUCUUUCCUGUGGCGCUGAACCUAAAAGUUGGGCUAAACAAAUUAGUAAACAUAUAUUACACGUCUUUAUAUUUCAAGCAAGUUUGGUACGUCCCUUGAGUGAAGCAGGCAAAUUAAAAUUGGCAGGUGAUAUGGCCGAACUCGAAUUUACAAUCAGUCAAUUUAUGAGCGAAUACGGGGCUCGCAUUGAAGAAGUAGGAGAUGAAUACAGAGCUUUAAGAGCCUUUAGACCGUUACUAUUUCUGGAUUCUGCACAAUUAACCGCAGCUCAUCAUACGUCUGGUAUAUCCAAUCUAAUUCUCGUUCAUCAUCUCAUUGUUCGCUCUCAACAACAACAAGGCAAAUCUUUACAGUUGCCAAAUACCGUAUAUGACCUAUCCAGAGAGGAAUACAUGAAAUGGAUGGAUUCUAUCCGUAACCAACAUGAAUCUGUCCAAUUAGCAUUGGACGCCAUUACAAAAGGAAGUAAAUUAACCCAAUUUCAACUUGAGGAAAUUCCUGAAUAUAAAUUAAUCCUGCAAAUUGCCUCAGAGGAAUAAAGAUAAAUUAUAGGAGACGUCAAGGG